GAUGUGUUCCAAUCGAUGUUCGUGUAUCUUUCAUGAAACUUUAUCCUCGAUCAGAAGUAGGAAAACGUAGCUCACUGAAUUUUUAUUUAAAAGAAUGUGGGCUCGUGGGCAAAGUUGAUAUGUCGAUACCCGCCAUGAAUAAAAUUUAUGAAACUGCGAAUGUGGAGGGGAUGCGUAAAGUAUCUGAGUAUUGUAUUAAAGACGCCUUGAGUUGUCAAGAACUUAUGGUCAAGCGUAAUAUAAUCAAUGAUUAUAGAGAAAAGGCAUCUAUUGCUCAUAUUCCUCUAUUUGAUGAUUAUGCAACUUACGGGCUUGGAUGA